CACAGUUUUACCAAUAAAUCGAUGAUUUCAUCAAGUAAAAACAAUUGGUUUGAUUAUAUUGAAUCAAAAACAACUAACUACUCUUAUCUGAACAUUAUUCCGGAAGAAUUGAAAAUUUACAAAUUUCAAGAUCAUUUCUACAAUUUUUUAAAUAAAUUAAGAUCAUCCUUGAAUUCAAAGCGAAACUCUACAAAACUAACCACAAUUUCUACGACAGAUCCGAAUGGAAGGAUAACUGACCUAGUUAAUUCAAAUAUUCCAGAAAUCCAACUGACUAGUGAUGAUCGACUGCAAAGUUUGAAAUAUUUAAAAGAUAAUGAAUUGUCUAAGUAUGAAGAUAUUAUCUAUACAAUCCAAAAUGAUUCAAUCCCUUUAAAUUCAUUUGACAAUGUGACUAAUAGAAUGUUACAUUAUUCAAUGGAAUAUGGAUAUACAGAUUUAGUCAAAUGGUUAUUAAAUAAUGGAGCAGAUCCAAAUUAUAUCGAUGAAUUGGGAAAUCAACCUAUACACUCAGCAGUCUCGAGAAAACACGUACAAAUACUUCAAUUGUUAAUUGAUUUUGGCGCCAAAGUGGAUGCAAAAAACCGACUAGGUGCACAAGCUAUACAUCUAGCAUGUGAAGCGGAUUUUGUAGAAGGAUUAGAACUUCUGCUUGAAAUUGCAGUAGAUGCCAAUACACCUGAUGAACAAGGUGCAACACCAGUUCAUUAUUGUUGUUUUAAUGAUAGUGCUGCAUGUUUACAAAUGUUGAUACAAGCUGGUGGGAAUAUAUACCAGACAGAUGCUUUAGGAAAAUAUCCAAUUCAUGAAGCGAUUUCCCAAUCAAGUUUACAAUGCCUUAAAAUUCUUUUGGAUUAUAAUCAAUAUGAUAUGCAAGCACGUAAUGAGCCAACGACAACAAUAACAGAACCUUCUUGUCAGAUUAUUAAUUCUAUGAUUACUAACACAGAGAACCAUAAAUCUAUUUCAGUAUUCAGUCGUAAAUAUUCGACAAGUUCAAAUAAAUUUAAUUCAGGAUCUAAAAAUUUAACAAAUUCAUUUGAAUUGGAAAUGAGACAAGAAAAACUUAAUCAGAGAAUGAGAAAGCCGUUCAAGAAACAACAGUUGAUCCAUUUACGUGAUGGUGAAGGUCUUGCACCGAUUCAUGCGGCAGCUAGUUCAGGAUCGAUUGAAUUGUUGAAUAUAUGCCUUCAAUAUAACCCAGAUGUACUAGCUAAAGAUCAAAAUGGUCAAACAGUACUUCAUUAUGCUGCACUACGAGGUGAUCUAGAAUGUGUAAAGGCAAUCAUUAAAAACAUCUCACUUGAAGAACAAACCAAAUUAAUUCAUUGUUCCAAUGAAAAUCAAGAAACGUGUCUACAUUUAGCAGCCAAACACAAUUUUGUUGAUAUGGGAUCAAAUAUUAAUCAACAAGAUAUAAAUGGUUAUACACCAAUAAUGUCAGCUGCUAUUAAAGGUUCAAUUAAUGUAAUUGAUUAUUUAUUAAAUAAAAACAUUAUAAUUAAACAUCAUGAUAUAAGACAAAGAAAUUUAUUUCACUUAAUUGUUUUAAGUUGUUCAGAUGAAAUAUGUAAUUCAAUUGAAAUAAUAAAAAAUCUUAAAGAGUUACCUGAAUUAUUGAACGAUGUAGACAAUUAUGGAUAUACACCGUUACAUUAUGCAACUAAAUUAGGUCUUAUAGAAACUUGUCUAUUCUUUUUACGAUAUGGUGCAAAUGUAACAGUUGUGGGUGAGAAUAAAUGUACUCCACUUCAUUUGGCAGCUAAAUUUGGCCGUUUACGAAUAUCACAGAUUAUACUGAAUACAAUUGGUGGUAUGAGAACAUUAUCUAUGACUGAUAGUAAAGGUUGUCUACCUUUGCAUAUAGCAGCUUAUUAUGGACAAGAUAAAUUAUUGGAACUUUUUUUAAAAAAUGGUUGCUUAUUCCGAAGAUGCCAUGAAGGAAAUACUGCUUUACAUUAUGCAGUAAUGCAAGAGAAUGUAGAAGCAUGUAGAAUUCUAUUAGAGAUUAAUCCUACUUUAUUAAAUCAAACAAACUAUGAUGGAAUGACUGCAUUACAUAUUGCUGCAAUAAGGAAUAACAGUCGUACAAUAGAAUAUUUACUAUCUAACGGUGCGGAGAUCAAACCAGAUCAUAAUGGAUUAUACUUCUCAAAUUAUGCAAUCACAAGACAAAAUGAGGCAGCUGUUAAAGAAAUAGUUCUACAUGAAAGAUGGCCCGAAAUAGUGGAGUUACUUAGCAACACAAUAUACUGUCCAUUCAAAGAAUUAAUAAAGUAUUUACCUGAAAUUUGUUUGUUGGUUAUGGACCGGUAUAUCACUGAUCAAGGAAAAGUGAACAGUCCAGAACAUGGGACAUUGUUUGAUUUCUCUAUAUUACAACCACCUUUAAAAAAUCGCAACAGACAACCAACUGAACCACUACAACACUUAAAGAUUAUGAUUCUUCAUAAACGGGAUAAAUUACUUGUUCAUCCUUUAUGUGAGAUGUUUCUCAAAGUAAAAUGGAUGAUGUAUGGUAGAUGGGUUCAUUUAAUCAUAACUGUUUAUUACAUAAUAUUAAAUUCGGCAGUAACCUUUUCCUGCCUAAGACAAGUACCAUUAAUUAUGGGAUAUAAUAAUAAUCAAGUAGAUCACUGUGUUCAAAAUUUAUACAGUCAAACAAAUGAAUCAAGUUUUAACAAAAGAAUAUUGAUUUUCAUUUUGUUUGUUAGUUUAUCAAAUAUGUUUACACAAUGCUUGCAAAUUAUUUCACAAAGAGUGAAAUAUUUUAAACAUUGGAAUAACCACUUUGCUUUAAUAUUUCACUCAUUACUUAUUAUAAAUUCAGUAAUAAGUUUAAUUGGUAAUAAUCAACUAUAUUCUGCUGUUCUAGCAAUAAUUGUCAUGUUUAUAGCUUGGAUGAAUCUACUUUUACAAAUGAUUAGGUCACAAGAUUUUGGAAUAUUUAUCAUCAUGUUUAUACAUGUGACAGCCACAGUUGCUAAAUUGUUACCUUUAUCUUUAUAUCUUCUUAUUGGAUUUGCAACAGUAUUUCAACAACUAAUUCAGUUACCAGAUGAAGAGGUGUUCAAUUCUUUAUCUGACAAUAAUAAAAUACAGUUCCGUAACUGUUUCAUUGAGUAUACAAGUUCACUAAACCAUUCAAUGAAUAAUAUAACAAAAAUAAAUAGAAAACAAUUCAAUAUGCUUAGUAAUAUUGGACUAACAUUUUUCGAUACAUUAAUGAUGAUGAUGGGUGAAUAUAAGCGUACAAAAAUUAUUAUCCAGUCAUAUUUAGAGGAUCAAGUAUCUGCAAUACCUUAUCCGAAGUUGACGUUCAUCUUUUAUAUAGCAUUUAUUAUUUUAAUACCAAUAACACUGAUCAGCUUGACGAUUGGUUUAGCAGUUGGUGAUAUUGACAAGGCUAGAAGAAGUGCGACACAAGAACUAAUUUAUCGACAAGUUUACUGGUUAGAUAGUUUAGAAGCGAAUCUCCCACGUUGGUUAUACGCUAAAAUUUGUGUUCAAAAAUGGUUAUUGAAACCAGCUAGACCAAAUGUACCAAGAUAUGAGCGUUCUAGACAAGAACUAAACAAAACUGUCGAACUUUUAAAUCAACGACUGAAUAUAAUCAACAAAAAAUUGGAAUGGUUCAAUUAUCAAUUGCAUCAAAUCAUGCAAAAGCUAUCAAUACAAACAAUGGAAACACUAUUGGAUACUGGAAGUUACGAUGAUGUCAGUUAAAUACUUGAUUCGACCAUUUUGUCGAUCCGUUAAAGUACAAAUCAAGUUAAACAAUUGAUUCAUUCUACUUACAGCCAACAUUGUUAAACCGACAUUCAGAACCAGUUUACGUUCUGUUCUGUUGUCAAAUCCUUAUCAUAUACAUCUCAUUAUUAUCCAACUCAUUAUUAUUAACUCCAAUUAUAAACCCACACUAAUUCAAUUUUAUAUUGAAAUCAAGCUAGAAUUUAGUUAGUUUUCAUGUAUGUAAUUGUGCUACUCACAAAAACAAAUACAUAAGCAC